CUCAGAUUUCCCCCUGCGGAGCUGCGUUUACCUGGAUUAUUGUUGUAGCUUCUGAUCCUUCUUCUCCCGCUGGAUCUAUGCUGCGCGGAACAACAGCGCCCCCACAGGCCAGUCCGGGAAACUACCAGAACCGUCCCAGCAGCCAGACUCAAUCAGCUCUCUUCCUGAGUCAUGGCCUCCAGCCUUCCUCUCAUCGUCCUGCUGCUCUGCUGUGUGAGCCUGGCUCACUCAUACCUGAGCGUCAGCAACAUCAGGGCCCAAAAUCUGCGGCCUGACAAGUACAGCAAACCGGACAGCUACGUGAAAGUCUACUAUGGAUCCAGGAUUAUGGGUCAAACGUCUUUGGUGAAGAGCAAUCGAAAUCCUUCCUGGUCACAGAGGUUUAAUUACUACAGUGCCAUGGUGGGUGGCAGCCUGACGGUCAGAGUUUACGACAAGGACGUUGUCUUCGAUGAUUUUCUGGGAAGUUGCACAACUAAGAUCAAGAGGGGAGCCUACAGCGCCCGGUGCAAUCUGAGCAAAGGAGGAACCUUGUAUUUAACCUACAGCUUCAGUUGAGCGGAGUUUUGCUGUCCUGCUUCAUUGUGUGGCAGAAAUAAGUUUUACAUCACUGCAUAUGUUUAGGAAACAUGAAUGAUUGUAUCAAGUUUCAGAUCAAUUAUGAAAACUAAAAGGAUCAAAAUAUUCAAAUGUCUGAGCUGAAAGUAAGAAAUAAACGUAUUAAACCAAAA